AUGUUUGUCUAUAAGAGAGACGGUAGACGUGAAAGAGUCGCUUUUGAUAAGAUUACCGCCAGAAUCAACAAACUCUGUUAUGGUUUGGAUAUGAACUAUGUUGAUCCUGUUGCUAUUACUCAAAAGGUUAUCUCUGGUGUCUAUCAAGGUGUUACUACUAUCGAACUUGAUAACCUUGCUGCCGAAACUGCUGCUUAUAUGACCACAACUCACCCUGAUUACGCACUUUUGGCUGCCCGUAUUGCAAUCUCUAACUUGCAUAAAGAAACCAAGAAGGUCUUUUCCCAAGUUGUUGAAGACUUAUACAAUUACAUUAACCCCAAAACAGAAAAGCUUUCCCCUAUGAUUGCCAAAGACAUUUACGAAAUUGUCAUGGCUAAUGCUGAACGUCUCAACUCUGCUAUCAUCUAUGAUCGUGAUUUCAAGUAUAACUUCUUUGGUUUCAAGACAUUAGAGCGUUCUUAUUUGCUCAAAAUCAAUGGCAAAGUUGCUGAAAGACCUCAACAUUUGAUUAUGCGUGUUGCUGUGGGCAUUCAUGGUAGCGAUAUUGAUGCUGCUAUUGAGACUUAUAAUCUCAUGUCUGAACGUUACUUUACCCAUGCCAGCCCUACUUUGUUUAAUGCUGGUACUCCUCGUCCUCAAUUGUCUUCUUGUUUCUUAUUGACCAUGAAGGAAGACUCUAUCGAAGGUAUUUACGAAACACUCAAGAUCUGCGCUCAAAUCUCCAAGACUGCUGGUGGUAUUGGUUUGAAUGUUCACAAUAUUCGUGCUAAUGGUUCUUACAUUGCUGGUACCAAUGGUUAUUCUAACGGCUUAUUGCCCAUGUUGCGUGUGUUUAACAACACUGCUCGUUACGUCGAUCAAGGUGGUAACAAGCGUCCAGGUGCCUUUGCCAUGUAUUUGGAGCCAUGGCAUCCUGAUAUCUUUACCUUUUUAGACUUGAGAAAGAACUUUGGUAAAGAUGAAAUCAGAGCCCGUGACUUGUUUUAUGCACUUUGGGUUCCUGAUCUCUUUAUGGAGCGUGUCCGUGACAAUGGUGAAUGGUCUUUGUUCUGUCCUAAUGAAGCUCCCGGUCUUUGUGAUGUUUGGGGCGAUGAAUUUGUUGCUCUUUAUGAGAAAUACGAAAAGGAAGGAAGAGCAAGAGAAACCAUUAAAGCUCAAAAGUUGUGGUAUGCCAUUCUUGAAGCACAAACAGAAACCGGUAAUCCCUUUAUGCUCUACAAGGAUGCUUGUAACCGUAAAAGUAACCAACAAAACUUGGGUACUAUCAAAUGCAGUAAUUUGUGUACAGAAAUUGUUGAAUACUCCAGUCCUGAUGAAGUUGCUGUCUGUAACUUGGCUUCUAUUGCUUUGCCUACCUUUGUUGUCAACCGUGAAAGUUUCGACUUCAAUAAGUUGCAUGAUGUUGUCAAAGUGAUUACCAAGAACUUGAAUAAGAUUAUUGAUGUCAACUACUAUCCUGUGAUUGAAGCCGAACGUUCUAAUAAGCGCCAUCGUCCUAUUGGUUUGGGUGUUCAAGGUUUAGCUGAUACUUUUAUGUUGAUGAAAUUUGCUUUUGAUUCCCCUGAAGCCAAGCAUCUCAAUAUCCAAAUUUUCGAAACUAUUUACCAUGCUGCCCUAGAAGCUUCCUGCGAACUUGCUCAACAAUACGGCCAUUAUGAAACUUAUCCCGGAAGCCCUGUUUCUAAGGGUAUUUUGCAAUAUGACAUGUGGGAUGUAACCCCUACCUCUCUCUGGGACUGGGCCAAGCUUAAGGAAACCAUUGCCAAACAUGGUGUUCGUAACUCGCUUUUGGUUGCUCCUAUGCCUACUGCUUCUACUUCUCAAAUCUUGGGUUUCAACGAAUGCUUUGAACCCUAUACUUCCAACCUCUACACUCGUCGUGUUCUUGCUGGUGAAUUCCAAAUUGUGAACCCUUGGCUCUUAAAGGACUUGGUCGAGAUGGGCUUGUGGAACGACGACGUCAAGAAUAUGAUCAUGUCUGAUGGUGGUUCAGUCCAAAAUAUUCCCGGUAUCCCUCAAAAGCUCAAGGAUAUUUACAAGACUGUCUGGGAAUUAAGUCAACGCACCUUAUUGGACAUGGCUGCUGAUCGUGGUGCUUUUAUUGAUCAAAGUCAAAGUUUAAACAUCUUCAUUGCAGAACCUAACUUUGGUAAAUUGACAAGUAUGCACUUUUAUGGUUGGCAAAAGGGUUUGAAGACGGGUAUGUACUAUUUGCGUACUCGUCCUGCUGUCGACGCCAUCAAAUUCACUGUGGAUCAAUUGUCACUACGUGAAUACAGAAAGAAGAAGACUGAAGAAGAUAACAUGGCUGAUAUGGUCUGCUCUAUUGACAACAAAGAUGCCUGUGUUAGCUGCAGCGGUUAA